AUGAAACGCGGAAGGGAAGCUGACGACGAGAUCGAGUCCAAUUCUGGUUCACGAGAUGCAUCCAUGGACCGAAGCCCAACACCUGAACGACCCAAACGAGCACCACCUAAGCGUGCUCGAUUUGUGGCCCUAACCAACGCUGCUGGUCAGAACCCUUCAACACAUUCGGAGAAAAAGGACUCUAGAAGUUCCCAAGAGGAUGUAGAUGUCGGCGUGCUUCUCGCGAGUUUACCCACCCAGUCUCUGCUACCGUUGCUCACAUCGCUCGUCAAGGCCCAACCAGAACUUAAAUCGACCAUCCUCUCCCUCAUCCCAAAACCGACACUUGAAACUGCGCUGCAAGCCCUGGAUCAGUCAGCAAGGAAGCUGCGGGAGGCGUACCCAUACUCCAAUGGCCCAUCAUCCUCGUCGAGUUUAACGUUUGGCUUCGGAACACACGCCUCGCCAUCCCAGAUGAACCAUGCACAAACUGGCAUGAGGGACUCGUAUAUCAUUUCCCGGUUGCGCCCUCACAUCACCGACUUUGUGUCCUGCUGCAUGUCCUACUUGCCAUACUUCUCCUCCGCGUCAGCUCCAACCCAAACACCAUCAAGCUCCCAGCUGACGCAUGCCAUUCAAACCAUGCACAAGGACAAAUUCCACCCCUCCGAAAGCUUCGUGUUCCUCCAAACCGUCACCAACCUUAUUUUAUCACAACCUCCGCUUACUGUAUCAUCCAUGGGCCCGCUCCUCGUACCACGACUGAUGGAAGAGUGGCAGAAUUGGGUUAACAAGAUCGACGAGGUCGUCAACAGACAGGCGGGCAUGUUUGGUAUCGAAGCUGUGCGCAGCUGGGAGAAAGGCUUGGACGAUCUUGCAGGUGCCAAAGCUGCCGAAAUUUCGACGCCAAUGAAGCAAAUCAGAGACACAUGGGUGGCAAAGGUCGGGUGGCUUGUUGGUCGGAGCCUUCGAAGCUCUAUGGAUGGACUGUAA